AUGCCGUCAUGUUUAAAAAUAUUGGGCAUCUCGUUUGUUGCAAUCGUUGUGGUAGGCGCGGUGGUCGGUAGCAUAACAUGGGCUGUCCUGGCCACCAGACCCCUACCACCGCCGGAACUUAGACCACUGGACUGGUGGGAGAAUACCAUCAUUUAUCAGAUAUAUCCAAGGUCGUUCAUGGACAGCGAUGGCGACGGCAUCGGUGAUAUCAAUGGUAUCACAUCAAAACUGGACCACUUAGUUGAGGCUGGCGUGGGUGCUAUAUGGAUGUCGCCCGUCUUCGUCUCACCUAUGGUAGACUUCGGGUAUGAUAUUAGCGAUUUCUAUGAUAUUCAAAGAGAAUAUGGUACUAUGGCGGACUUUGAAGAAUUGGUUGAAAAGGCACACAGUCUUGGUAUCAAAAUCAUUCUCGAUUUUGUUCCAAAUCACGCCAGUACUGAAUCUGAAUAUUUCAAGAGAUCUGUGGCAAGAGAGCCCGGGUACGAGAAUUAUUUUAUUUGGGCCGACCCUGUUGUUACCAAUACUUCUAACCGAGAAGUCCCUUCCAAUUGGAUCAGUCAAUUCGGUGGUUCCGUAUGGGAAUGGAAUGAAGAACGCCAGCAGUAUUACUUGCAUCAAUUUGCGAUAGAACAAGCUGACUUUAAUUUUAGAGAACCAGCAGUUAGAAACGAAAUGCUUAAUAUAAUGAAAUUUUGGUAUGAGAAGGGAGCAGACGGCUACAGGUUGGAUGCUCUGCCGCAUAUGUUUGAAGCGAACCCUGAUGAUCAUAAUGGCACAUAUCCCGAUGAGCCUUUGAGCGGAAACCUGUUCGUAAGACCGGAUCAAGCUGGUUACACGACACAGGAGUACGUUAGAGAUCAACCAGAACUUUAUGAUGUGGUUUACGAAUGGAGAGAAGUCUCUGACAGAUGGACAGAAGUAAACCAAACUGACACCAAGAUAUUGCUAGCAGAAGCAUACGCCAAUAUAUACAAUACGAUGCUCUACUACGGCGACGAAAGAGGCAGAAUCGGUGCCCAUUUCCCAUUCAAUUUCGACUUCAUCACUAGUUUGUCAGCAAAUUCGAAUGCUCGGGAUUUCGUCUAUAUAAUCCUACAUUGGUUAACUUACAUGCCUCGAGGACAAGUUGCUAAUUGGGUCUUCGGAAACCACGACCAGAAUAGAGUUCCUUCAAGAUUCAGACCAAAUAUGAUGGAUGGUUUAAACUCUUUGAAUAUGAUGCUCCCAGGAGUCGCUAUAACUUAUCAAGGCGAAGAAAUUGGUAUGAGAGAUGGUUAUGUCAGUUGGGAAGAUACAGUAGACGUGGCUGCUUGUAAUCAAGGAAACCCCGAUAACUACUUAGAGUUCUCAAGAGACCCGGCUCGUACUCCUUACCAAUGGGAUAAUACUACCAGCGCUGGUUUUUCAACAAACGCAACCACUUGGCUACCAGUUGGUUUAGAUUACAUGGAACUAAAUUUGCAGGCACAAAGAGAGGCAGAAAGAAGUCAUUUCAAGGUGUACCAAGCUCUGACGAAACUGCGAAAAGAACCAACAUUAUCACACGGAGAAUACCACAUCGAAAGUCUAACGGCGAAUACCCUGGUGCUCGUGAGAUACCUGCGCACCUACGACACUUACGCCCUCGUCUUUAAUGUGGGUCAGGAACAAGACGCAGUUGACCUGUCUGCAAUAUCGUUGCUAAGAGAACCCUUGACCGUCUAUAUAUCAAGCAUACACUCAAAUAGGAAUGUGGAUGAUACCAUUCCACUGGAAGGCAACCUUACUCUUAAUCCUGGAGAAGCUCUUGUACUACGAGGAUCGCCUACAUAGAAAUAACUAUUGUUAUGAUGUAUAAUUUUAAUAAAUAAUGCAUUAAUAAAAAAUAAAAAA